AGGUGUGAUUGGCACCUUUAAAUGUCGUGCUGGGAAGGGUGCCCGGAAUAACAUGUUUAAUAAGAAAAUCGAAAUAAAAGUUUUCCCAUUUUUGAAGUGUCAGCUGAGAUCUCUCAUCAGACGGUCACAAAUCGAUCACCACAAGCCAGCCUCGUCCACCUCACCCGACUCCUCAUCAUCAUCUCCGGUUUCCGGUGUUGCAACCAAAUCACAGUAACAAGAAAUAAACCGAUAGGUUUUCCCUUUGAUCCGAGAGAAGAGCCAAAAAAGAGUAGGAAGAAGAAAGGAAGACGGGGGAGGUGGGGUGGUUAACCGACCUCGCCGUCUCUCCCUCUCUCGGCAUUCCGGUUAAAGCUGAUCCGCCACCUCCGAACUCGAUGGAGAGCCUGCACCUCCGUCGCCGCCAGCCGCCCCCGCGGCCUCGCGACGCCGCUGGGUCUCUCGUCUUCUCGUUCCUGUUCGUCGCUGUCUUCUUCGGACUCGCCUGCUUGGCUGGGGCCGGGGACUCCGAUGCGGCCAACGCGACCGAGGCGCUCAAGGGAGAGGCCGCCAAGGAGGGUAGCUUCGCCGACAUGAUCGACCGCGCGCUCGAGAAGGAGUUCCCUGAGAACGAGCAGAAUGGCGGAGAAGCUGAUCCUGGUGGCUUCAACAACAGUGUUGCCGAGAAACAGGCAGUUCUGGAGACUGUAGCUAGAGUUACAACAAAGAAGAAUGAAACUAAAGAAGAGAAGUCAUUUCAGUUUCAAGAUGUUUUUAAUCUGGAUAAUGAGAACCGAGCGGAGGACAUUCCCACCUUAAUAGAUCGCAAGGAUAACGUUUUCAUCAUAUCCAAUCCCAAGUCAAAAUAUCCUGUACUACAGUUAGACCUGAGGUUGAUUUCUGAUCUCGUGGUCGUCAUUGUCUCUGCAACAUGUGGUGGAAUUGCAUUUGCCUGUGCAGGACAGCCAGUAAUUACUGGUUACUUGCUUGCGGGAUCAAUAAUUGGACCUGGAGGUUUUCGUUUCAUCAGUGAAAUGGUGCAAGUUGAAACAGUAGCUCAGUUUGGCGUGAUUUUCCUUCUUUUCGCCUUGGGCCUGGAAUUCUCUAUAACUAAGCUUCGGGUUGUUCGGGCUGUGGCUAUUAUUGGAGGCUUUCUUCAAAUUGCUCUAUUUAUGUGUUUGUGUGGGAUAAUUGCGUCGUUAUGUGGAGGCAAAACUUCAGAAGGAAUAUUUGUUGGUGCCUUCUUGUCUAUGUCAUCAACUGCUGUGGUUUUGAAGUUUCUGAUGGAAAGAAACAGUGUUAAUGCCCUUCAUGGUCAAGUUACUGUUGGGACCCUCAUACUCCAGGAUUGUGCUGUUGGCUUGUUGUUUGCACUACUUCCAGUUUUGGGUGGCACAUCUGGUAUAUUUCAGGGGCUUGUAUCAGUUACUAAGUCGUUGGUUGUGCUAUGCACAUUUUUGGCAAUACUUUCUAUAUUAUCCCGUACAUGUGUGCCUUGGUUUCUCAGGCUGAUGAUUAGUCUUUCAUCUCAGACCAAUGAACUCUAUCAAUUGGCAUCGGUGGCAUUCUGUUUACUAGUUGCUUGGUGUAGUGACAAGUUGGGCCUGAGUCUUGAAUUGGGUUCAUUUGCUGCUGGAGUAAUGAUAUCAACCACAGAUCUUUCACAACAUACCCUUGAGCAAAUUGAACCUAUCCGCAACUUCUUUGCAGCUCUUUUCCUUGCUAGCAUUGGGAUGCUAAUUCAUGUCCACUUCCUUUGGAAUCAUGUAGAUAUCUUGUUUGCAGCUGUAAUCCUGGUAAUCAUUGUUAAAACAGUAGUGGUUACCAUUGUUGUAAAAGGAUUUGGCUACAAUAAUAAGACAUCACUUCUUGUUGGCAUGUCUCUGGCUCAGAUUGGAGAAUUUGCAUUCGUUCUUUUAAGUCGUGCUUCAAAUCUUCAUCUAGUUGAGGGUAAACUGUAUCUCUUACUAUUGGGGACGACUGCACUUAGCUUGGUGACCACUCCAUUGUUGUUCAAGCUGAUCCCUGCAGUGGUUCAUCUUGGAGUUUUGCUGCGGUGGUUCAACUCUGAUAGCAGUGAGACGCAUCCAAUAGCAAGACAGGAGUUGGAAGUACCUCAACAGGCAAGAGGAACACAGAAACCAGCCUCGAAAUAUGUCGAAGUCGUCGACGUAGGGCAGGGGAGGUCACCCUAAUUCAAUUCUGGUUGGGCUCAAGGAAGAUGAAGAGACUGUAUCGAGAUCAUAUCCAAGAAGCAGACAUAUAGAGAUCAUUUCCAAGGUCUAUUCCCGUCCUCGUUUUGAUCAUGGUGUUUCAGUCGGUAUUCCUGCUCUUCCAAAGCUUUUCGUGCUAUUGGCCGGCCGUGCCUCGGAGCAGCGGAAUUGUAGUUGGCGUUUAUGCAGCGACCAGACCUCAUAUAACUUUGGCGAGGCGACCUCUUUUUCAGUACACGGGCGGUAUGUGCUGUGCAAAGGCAGUCUGCAUGGUUAAUGCUACUUGAUCGUGGAUGAUGACUUGAGCUGAGGUAGAUUAGCUUUGAUCUCGCAAAGAAGGUGGUGGAGCGUGACGAGCCCUCGAGAUGAGAACCGCAGCUGCGCAAGAGACGCCUCUCCGUAUGUUUGAAGCCAACACGUCCGAGAAGAUGGCUUUAUUCUGAUUUGACCUAUAAAGAGUUUAGGGAGAUCAGCCAAUCACCGAGGGCUUCUUCAGAAACCUAGUGGUGUCAUUAGUGGAUGCAAACUCUGUGAGAGAGAGAGAGAGAGAGAGAGAGAGAGAGUCGAGUUAGCCCAUAGAACAUGCAACUGUUGUGGGCCAUUGCACUGCCCAGCUUUCCUGGGAGACUAUCUCUUGGACGGUGUCACCGUCAACCCUGGCGGUGCCACCACCUAGUAGGAAUUCUGGUCUGAAUCGAUUGAUCCAUUUGACCUAA